UAAUUGAUGAAGACGCCUUCUGCUGUGUGUGCCUGGAUGAUGAAUGCCACAACAGCAACGUCAUCCUGUUCUGUGACAUCUGCAACUUAGCUGUGCACCAGGAGUGCUAUGGUGUCCCCCUAUAUCCCAGAGGGCCAGUGGCUAUGCCGCUGCUGCCUGCAGUCUCCCUCUCGGCCAGUAGAUUGUGUCCUUUGCCCCAAUAAAGGUGGGGCCUUCAAACAGACCAGCGAUGGUCACUGGGCCCAUGUAGUCUGCGCCAUCUGGAUCCCGGAAGUCUGCUUUGCUAAUACCGUGUUUCUGGAGCCCAUUGAGGGCAUUGACAACAUUCCCCCUGCUCGCUGGAAACUGACCUGCUAUAUCUGCAAGCAGAAAGGGCUGGGUGCAGCCAUCCAGUGCCAUAAAGUGAACUGCUACACUGCCUUCCAUGUGACCUGCGCACAGCGGGCUGGACUCUUCAUGAAGAUUGAGCCCAUGAGAGAAACCAGCCUCAAUGGCACCAUCUUUACCGUGCGAAAGACCGCGUACUGUGAGGCCCACUCUCCGUGUGUUGCCACCGCCAGGAGAAAGGGUGACUCGCCCAGAAGCCUCAGUGAGGUGGGGGAUGAGGACGGGCUGAAAGAGGGUGGCAGGGAGGAGGAAGAGGAAGAAGCGGAGGAGGAAGAUCGGGAAGGCCAAGGUGGGGGUGGGCAGCCCCCUCAAGGUGGUGUCCAAGAAGAAUAA